UUUCACAACUACUUACCUACCUAACACUACAGCUGCCAUCCACACCCAUAUCAAAAGCGUAGGCAUCAUCUUCAUCCGCCGGUCACCAACUCCAUCCUCACGACGCUUCUCGACACGGUUGCAGGCAUUUGAAUAAUAUCAAGUGUACGAAGCUUAGAAGGCUUCAUAUAGAGGUACGUGUUGCCCAGAAACAAACACAAUCGCGUUGGGCGCACAGCAAAGUUCAUCAUGUCCUAUUCGGGUCCUCCAGGCUCGUCUUCAUCCCUCCCGCCGCGUCCUCCUCCAUCGAAGGUAUCCGGCUUCAAACCAGCAUUCCGACCCGCCGCUCCGCCCACUACUUAUGCAGCCUCCAGCGCACCAAGCUAUGCAGGCGCGCCUGCGAAUGCGCCUCACUAUGGAGCCGUCGCCCCGCCCUCGAAUUACACGUCGUAUGGCACUCAAGGUGCUCCUGUGAGUAGCGGUGCGUCUUACCCACAACAAAACGCAUACUCGUACUCUCAACAAGGGUCAUAUCAGCAGAGUUACUAUGGCGCGCAGCCCGUACCAACCACUGGUGCCGCCGCAUAUGCCACACCACCCCAGAUACGAAAUCCAUUUCCUGCACCCAGUCAGACGAGAAACGAUGACUACGAUCCGGAUAUGGCGGCGCAAAUUGCGCAAUGGCAGAGCGCAUACGUACGGGAUCCAAAAGACGCCGGUCCCGCCACCGGCGCAUUAGGCCGGACUGGCCCUGCCACGAACGGUGCGGCGGCGUACUCGGUAGAAGCGGCUAAUCGCGCAUCCGAAGCAGCUAACGCUGCAGCCAUGGCAGGCGAUAAGAAAAAAACCGUUGUACGCUCAGGUGGUGGGCAGAAGUGGACAGAUGAUACGCUCUUAGAGUGGGACCCGUCGCAUUUGCGCCUCUUCGUCGGUAAUCUUGCGGGCGAGACCACAGAUGAAAGCUUAUUCAAAGCAUUUUCCCGAUGGAAGUCACUACAAAAGGCGCGUGUUAUCCGUGACAAAGUGACGAGCAAGUCAAAAGGGUUUGGGUUCGUAUCUUUUAGUGACCCCGACGAGUUCUUUGCUGCAGCCAAGGAGAUGAACGGCAAGUAUAUACAGAGUCACCCAGUCGUCGUCCGCAAGAGCACCACAGAGAUCAAACCCCAUGUUGUGAAAGAUAAGAAUCACGGCGGCAGGUGGAAUAAGAACAAAAACAACAAGAACAAGAACCGCAGCGGCAAUGGCAGUGGCGCUGGUAAACGCGAGGGCAGCUUUGAACCACAUCUGGGACCUACAGGAGGUGGUGUUACAAAGCCGGGAGCAAAGACAAAAGACGGGCUUAGACUUCUUGGUUGAGCCACGAUGUCUACUACAAGAUUAGAUUUUAAUUUCUAAGUAAACAUUAGAAUCCCCGUCGUCCCGCCUAAGCCUGGAGAGAUACGGAGGCAUAACGAUAACAACCCUAUCGGAACCACGACACACACACCCGUAGCUGGUGGAAACCCCCCGAUAUAGGUGUACAAAAGACGCACACUGACUAAAGCACCGAACUAUGUAGCCCACUUGGAGCUUUGGAGCUAGAAUGCUUCAUCUACAGAUCGUUGCUUACAUAUUAGAAUCGCCGAACAGAACAGUGCAUUUUCGAGAAGUAUAAAGGUGCGAGUUGGAAAGCUCGCAAUAAUGUCAAUCGGUCGGGGUUACUUACAUACAUAUAUAAUGACCAUUGAAGAAUACAAAUCCCGUCUUCAU